ACGGCCGAUUACAAGCAACUGCAGGAGCGCGGAGGGUUUGUUACUGGCCACUGUGCACACAAGACGGAGGACUCCUUCCACCGUUCCACGUCCCGCCCGAACCGCCCGCUCCCCGGCAACCGCAGCUCCAGCCAGCACACCCCCACUACUAGUAUUAGAGUCCACACACAUCCCCCCCUACCGGGGAGGCAGCAGCACUCCUCGUGGACUAGGGACUAGGGAGGGAGCCAUGUCUGCUGCAGCCUGCGCGCCGACGCGGCUAGGGAUGCUCACGUUCGCGGAGCGGAUGCCGCCGCCGCCGCCGCCGCCGCCGCCGCAGCCGCAGCCGGAGCAGCUGGAGGAGGAGGUGAUGAUCGACGGUGGCGCCGCCGCCGAGGGGGGCGUGAGCCCGCAGCUGUGGCUGGCGUCCGCGGGCUCCAUGUGCACCGUGCCGCCCGUGGGCGCCGCGGUCUACUACUUCCCGCAGGGCCACGCCGAGCAGGCCAGCGCCGCCGUCGACCUGCCGGCCGCCGCCGUCCCGCCCUUCGUGCCGUGCCGCGUCGCGGCAGUCAGGUUCAUGGCCGAGCCGCACACCGACGAGGUCUACGCCAGGAUACGCCUCGUCCCGCUCCGCUCCGGGGAGCCGGUGGUGGACGUGGGCGACGCCGCCGCCGCGGGGGGCGACCAGCAGCCGCAGCAGCCCAACCAGGCGUCCUUCGCCAAGACGCUGACACAGUCCGACGCCAACAACGGCGGCGGCUUCUCCGUGCCGCGGUUCUGCGCCGAGACAAUCUUCCCGGAGCUGGACUACCGCGCCCGGCCGCCCGUGCAGAGCGUCUACGCCAGGGACGUGCACGGCGUCGAGUGGUCGUUCCGCCACAUAUACCGCGGCACCCCGCGCCGCCACCUGCUCACCACGGGCUGGAGCAACUUCGUCAACAAGAAGAGGCUCCUGGCCGGCGACUCCGUCGUCUUCGUGCGCGAAGCGAACGGCAGGAUCCACGUGGGCCUCCGCCGCGCCAAGCGCGGGUUCGGCGCCGGCGCCGGGGGCGACGACGGCUUCGCCGGGUGGGGGGACGCCUUCGGGGCCCUGCAGGUGCGGGGCAAUGCGGGAGGCGGGGCGCGCUACCCGGGCGGCAAGGUCCCGCCGGAGGACGUGGUCGCGGCGGCGAGGCUGGCCGCCGCCGGGCAGCCGUUCGAGGUGGUUCACUACCCGCGCGCGAGCACGCCGGAGUUCUGCGUGCGCGCGGCCGCGGUCAGGGCGUCCAUGCAGGUGCCGUGGUGCCCCGGCAUGCGGUUCAAGAUGGCGUUCGAGACCGAGGACUCGUCGCGGAUCAGCUGGUUCAUGGGCACCAUCGCCGGCGUCAAGGCCGCCGACCCCACCCGCUGGCCACAGUCGCCCUGGCGUCUCCUCCAGGUGGCCUGGGACGAGCCGGAGCUCCUGCAGAACGUGAAGCGCGUGUGCCCGUGGCUGGUCGAGCAGGUGUCGAGCAUGCCCAACCUCCACCUGCCCAGCUUCACGCCGCGCAAGAAGCCGCGCAUCCCGGAGUUCCCCUUGGAGGGCCAGCCGCUCUUCGACCCGGGCUUCCCGCCCGCCGCCCACCCGCUUCCGCCGCUGGCGCCCCACCCGCGCCCACACCACGACCAAAACCCCCACCCCCACGCCCUCGUCCCCUUAUUCCCCUUCCCGGACGGCAGCGCCGCUGCAGGCAUACAGGGAGCCAGGCAUGCGCAAUUCGCUCCGUUCUUUUCGGAUCUCCACGUCGGCAACCUGCAGCAAGGCCUGCUGUUCUGCGGCUUCCGCCCCGCUGAUCACCACACCACCCCUCCCGCGCCAAGGAUCAGCACCGACUUGGCAAUCGGCAUCCCGCCGCCGCCUCGCCAAGACGCGCCGCGCUCUCCACCAUCAGCUGCCUCCAAGAAGGCCGACGACGACGUCAAGCCGGCGAGGAUAAUGCUGUUCGGACGGGCGAUACUGACCGAGGAGCAGAUGAAUUGUAACAGCCCGACCUCGCCGGGAGCCACCGGGGAAGGGGCGCCCAAGCCCGACCGCGACGCCGAGAAAGGGCCCAACACACCUGACGGCUCCGGCUCCGGCGUCACCGAGGGCAGUCCUACAAAGAACAACCUGUGGGAGCCCGGGCAGUGCAAGGUGUUCGUCAAGUCGGACUCCGUCGGCCGGAACCUCGACCUCUCGGCGCUGGGCACGUUCGACGAGCUGUACGCCCGCCUGGCUGCCAUGUUCCGCUUCGACAACGCUGACCUGAGGAGCCACGUGCUUUACCGCACCGCCACCGGCGAGGAGAAGCACGUCGGCGAUGAGCCUUUCAGUGCAUUUGUGAAAUCGGUGCGGAGGAUCACAAUACGGAGUGACGCCGGCAGCGACAGCACGGGGAGCCAAUGAACGACCGAGAUCGAUCAGCUGCAAAUAACUUAGGGCGCUACACUCCUAGGACGCAAUAAGCCGGAUGCACGGCUGAAGAAAGCUAGCUGGAUGCUGCCUAGUGAGUUUACAGCUUAGUCAGGGGACUAGGCUGAUGCGGGUGUUCAGUUCAGCUAGGUUGUUUUCCUCAUCCCUUUGAAUCAGUUCAUUAGUUGUUGUUGUUAGUAUUUUUUUUAUUUCAUAACGCAAACAAGAUGUAAAUCUUGAUCCUGAGCCGAACUUCUCCGGUUCCCCUUUUGGAUUUCAAUGUUCAAACUUGAAUGUUUGUGCUGGUU